CUCCGUGUCGUCGGAGCCCGAGCGCGGAGGCCCGUCCCGGCGGUCAGGGGCCGGGCAGGGCAGGGGCGCCAUGUGGUUCAUGUACGUGCUGAGCUGGCUGUCGCUCUUCAUCCAGGUGUCCUUCAUCACGCUGGCCGUCGCGGCUGGACUCUAUUACCUGGCAGAACUGAUAGAAGAAUACACAGUGGCCACCAGCAGGAUCAUAAAAUACAUGAUCUGGUUCUCCACAGCUGUGCUGAUUGGCCUCUACGUUUUUGAGCGCUUCCCCACCUGCAUGAUUGGCGUGGGCCUCUUCACCAACCUCGUCUACUUUGGCCUCCUCCAGACCUUCCCCUUCAUCAUGCUGACCUCGCCUAACUUCAUCCUGUCGUGCGGACUAGUGGUGGUGAAUCAUUACCUAGCAUUUCAGUUUUUUGCGGAGGAAUAUUAUCCUUUCUCAGAGGUCCUGGCCUAUUUCACUUUCUGUCUGUGGAUUAUCCCGUUUGCGUUCUUUGUGUCCCUGUCAGCUGGGGAGAACGUCCUGCCCUCCACCGUGCAGCCAGGAGAUGACGUGGUCUCCAAUUACUUCACCAAAGGCAAGCGGGGCAAACGCUUAGGGAUCCUGGUUGUCUUCUCCUUCAUCAAAGAGGCAAUUCUACCCAGUCGUCAGAAGAUGUACUGACCCACUUGGGGAGGGGAUGUGGGGGCAAGAUCAGGAGAGUCAGGCCCUUGGGCCGCUGUACUAGGUGGGGGCUGUGAGUCUGGAAGGCAUCUUCCCCCAGCCCUGGACUGACUUCCUGCAGCUUUUCCUGAAGUUCCCAGCCUCACCUUCCUCAGGAUGCUCAGCUUGGCUCAGAUCUGACGCUACUAGAGGCUGUGACCUCGGAGGCCCCAGGGAGGUGGCAGAGCCUGCUUAGCCAGAGGCCGUGGUCCACCUGGUUGUAGAAGCUGAGCUCCCUGUGGCCCUCCCCGCCCCUUCCAUGCUGGGUCAGGAGGUUCUGGCGCAGCCGGGCAGGCAGGGCAGGGGCCAUGAAGCUGGAGAGCAGACAGUGAUAAGUUCUUUGGGCAGAGGGCCAUGGGGUGGGGCCAUGGCUUGGCAGUUCCCAGAGAAAUAGUUUUUUGCUGUUGAACUGUGAUUUUUGUCCAAGACUGAUUUCUGUUUGAAUAAAAAUUCUAGGUGGCACUGUUGCCUUAAUACCCUGAAAGUUCAUCUUUCUUCCUGCUGACCUUCUGCCCUGGACCGGAUGGGCUUUUCUGCCCUGGGGGUUCCUUUUCUGGGAUUGGCUCUUGCCUUUCUGAAGGGACUGUUCUUCUGGCCCUUGGUGGGAAGGGGGCAGAGAGGAGGAGCUGAGCCCGGUCCGGGGCUGGGGCGUGGCGGUGGAGGCAGUCUUUCUUGUGCCCCUCUGUUUUCUUCUAUUUCUUCUUUCCCCAAGGCUCCAUGACUGUCAGCGGGGCCGAGGGUACGGUUUGGGACUGGGUUAGAUUUUCAGAGCAACAUCUACAAUACCCUAUUUAUAAGUCUUCCCUGGAGAAAAGGAGUGGUUUCUGGCAGAAUUCUGUGUCAGCCUCAAGGAGAAACCAAGUAAAACUUGGCUUCCAGCAAUCUAGGCUACAGCCUGUUUUUUAAGAAAUGGAGCUGGUGGGAGAAGUUGUUCGUCACUGAGAGCACUCAGGGCUGGUCCUCUCUGUGUGCUCAGCUCCCGGAGAGAUGACCUCGGGCUUCUACGAAGGCAGGCCAGGUCCCGGGCACAGACCAGCAAUGUUAACCUUGCACUCCAACUACAGUGCCUUGCAGAUACUCAGCCGUACACAUCGGAAUGAAGCCCCCAUGCGAGCCGUUUCUGGCCAUGUCUUAUACCUCACAGCGAGGGUGGCAAGUGCAGAGAUGGACUGCACACAUGUAGUACCUUUAAGCCCCUAGGAAGACCCCUGUGCUUGAAAAUCUUUCCUCCAUCCUGCCUCAGGCCCCACUGUAGCCCUUCAUUUCCUUGGCUUUAGCAUUUCCUGUUCUCUUAACAACACCAGCCUUCCCCUUUCCCUGGGGGGCGCAGCACAUUGUGGUCUUCUCUCACUGGGAAUGAGAUCGCCAGGCCCUUUUAUCCUAUGCAGACCAGCGGGGACACAGUAGAGGACACUGGGGGCCCGACAUCAUCCUCGCUGCCGGGUCCUGCCCUCCCUUGCUGUCCACUUUGUUCCUCACCCCGACGACGUGGCUUUGCCCCUCCGCUCGCUCCACUGCCAGUGCUCUCCCGGGGGUUGCCAGUGGCCUUUCUGUGCUAAAUCUAGUGAACCCUUUCCUAUCUCGCUGGGUCUCUGCAGCUACUCACCCCCAGCUUCAUGAAUCGCACUUCUGCGGCCAGUUCUCUUCCUACCUCUGUGGCUUCUCCUUCCGGCGUCCUAUGCAGGCUUCUCCCCGCGCUUCGUGCACGGUGGCGUUUCUCAGGGUCCUGUCUGGGCUCCUAGGAGGAGCCCGUGCAUGCUAAUGGAUUCAACUGCCAAGGAAAUGAGAGUUGACCUCCAGCCCCAACAUCCCUGCUGGGCUUCUGAACCACAGUUCUGCUGCCUUUGGGUGCAGAAACACCUUUCAUCGCCCAGAUGGCAUUUGUUGCUGUCCUCUGCAAACUUGCCUCUUUUGGGAUACCUGCCGUGGCCCCAAUUUCACUCAGGAGCCAGACCAGAAACCUACUUUCAAUCCCUGCUUUCUCUCUUUGCCCCCAUAUCCAACCUCUAAAAACUGUCAAGGUUGCCGUCUUAACAUCUCUUAGAGCCACUCCCUGUGUCAUCAGCUUUCCCCUGGAUUGUUGUGACAGCCUCCUGCUUCUCUGUCCCAUAGGCAGAGUUGUCUUUCUAAAAUGCAUAGCUGAUCAAGUCACUUCCUGGCCUACAACUUUCCAAUGCUCCCCACCGCCUUCAGGACAAAAUCCCGACCCCUUAGCAUGGCUUUGAGACUUGUGGUAUCCUGCUUCCUGCUCGCCUCUCUGGCCUCAUCGCGUGCCACCUCGCGCUCUGGGCCCCAGCCUCCUGUAUCCAGAGAUGCCAACUUUGAUUCCCCUUUCUUCUGUUCACCUGGGCAUCUUCUCUGUUAGUUCUCAACUUAAGAUUUUACUUCGUGCAAGGAGCUCUGAAUGUCCCCUUCCCCCUGCCCACCCCAGAUACCACCCAGAUCACUCUGGGCUUGCCUGCAUACUGGUCUAUCUCACUAGACUGUAAGCUCCGUGAGGGCAGGGACUGUCCUUCAAUUUUUGUAUCAACAAUGCCUGGCUUGGAGCCUGGCACAUAGAACUCAAUAAAUGUUUGUUUAAUGAA